CCUCGUUUUGAUCACCAUAAACAUGUAUCAGAAUAUUUAACACCUAAAGCUCAAUUUGGCCACGUACCAUUGUGCUUGUGCCCCUACCAGCUAGCCACCACAAUCAACUAUUGUUACAACCUUGAUUUGCCAAUAAGGAGAAGAUUGAUGGACCAAUCAUUGAAGAAACUAGCUCCUGAAAGUGAGGAAAAGAAGGCUAAGGAGAUUGGUCCCACCAUUGACCGUUGCUACAAAACAUACUUUGCCGCCAAUGCCAACAAGAAGGAUUGGAGCUCAGCUGACUUCUACCAUGCAGUAUGCCAGACGGUGGAAGAAAUUAACAAAAAGCUCGGUACCACGCAGUUUCGUGUACCAGAGACCAACAAACUUAAGGAAGUAUUUAAAAAACUGCACCAGAUAGAAGCCGCUCCAUUGAGGAAGGAGGAAUUUCAGGAAAUCCUGAAGGAUGUGAUUCUUGAGACAGAAAGUGAGGAAAAGAAGGCUAAGGAGAUUGGUCGCACCAUUGACCUUUGCUACCAAACACACUUUGCCGCCAAUGCCAACAAGAAGGAUUGGAGCUCAGCUGAAUUCUACUAUGCAAUAUGUCAGACGGUCGAAGAAAUUAACAAAAAGCUCGGUACCAAGCAGUAUCGUGCACCAGAGACCAACAAACUUAAUGAAGUAUUUAAAAAACGGAUCGCCGCUCUAUUGAGGAAGGAAAUCCUGGAGGAUGUGAUUCAUGAGUCACGUUUAGGAGUUAAGGAUCUGUGGCCUUACAUCUUUGGAGUUCCAGUAACUACACUUUGGAUCAAAAAUUGGGUCUUCCCAAAAGCGCUUCCUAAUGAAUUCUUCAUUCCCUUUGUCACUUCUGCCACUGUUUUCCUUCUUGCCAAGCUCAACAAGAUAUAACAAUCCAACAUCUUCAUUCUUAAUUAUAUAUAUGUACUUCUAUAAUUGAAUUGAAUUAUAUACUGUAAUUCUUUUUUAUCUACCUACUGUUGUAUUUAAUUUGUUAAUUAUUAUGUUUGAAUUAUUCUUUAAUUAAUUACCUUUCACUGGUUUAGUCUCUCUCUGGCUUUGGCUUAUCCCAAAAACAAAACAAAUGAUUUAAUAACUAAAGUAUAAAAAUGUAUGGAAGAUCAAAUGAACAAAGUUUGUUCAUGUCAAAGAUUGGCAUUAAAGUGACACUAUAUUUUACCCGUGGCUUAGUUGGUAAGCUCGCUGACAGGAGAAAAAAAAUAUUUAAGGAUUUGAAAAAGUAAACUAACUGUUGCAAUUUAGUAUACUGACCUUUUUGAUUGGGCAAAUUACACAUGAAUAAAAUUCAAGAUUUAUUAUUUUGACCUCUCCUGAAAUUUGGUGUAUACUUAAUGUAAUGUUUGAGUUUUUAUAUGUGUGUGUGUGUUAAGAGGAUUUUUUUAUUUUAGCUGUGGGACUGGUAAUUUUUUUUAAGUGGUUAUAAGACUACAUUUUGGUCUCUGUUUCCUCACUCUCUCUCCCCCCUGGUUUGUUUCUCUCUUCCUCUUAGAUUUUUAUUUUUAUUUUUAUUUUUUUUUCACUUCAAGGCUUCAAUCCUUGAUUCCUUCUUCAAUACUUGGUAUUUUUGAAUGCCGUUUGCGGUAAAUUGAAGCUCACGGCGAGGUUUACAAGUUGAUAGGGGCAAUUCCUUGAUUGGUGCACUAUAGGAAAUUCGAAAUUUAGGGCAUACAAUUGGGGUUUUUUUUCCUCCUUUGAGGUAAGGGUUCUUAAUGUACAAUUUCUUGUACCUUAGUGAAUUUCCUUUUUGAUUUUGCUACUUAGCAUGUUAUUUUGUGUUGAUCUUCUUGUAAAUGAUUAAAUUGUUCUAAAUGAAUUACACGACUAUGUGUUUUAAUUGACAUUAUGUGUAAUAGCAUGCUUGAAUGAUAUAGAAUUCAUGUUUUACAUGAUUAAAUCCUGCUAGCUUAUUGUUGAAUGUAAGUAAUGUUAUAAUUUCUUAGAAAUUCUUGUAAAGCAUGUAAAAUGGCAUGAGUUUGAAAUUACAUGUGUAUUGACAAAUAUUGGCAUGGCAUGAAAAUAUGAAACAUACAUGCACUUCAUUGGGAAGAAAUGGGGAAUGUUGUUUUGAAAGAAAGAAAUGGGCUUUUGGGAAAGGUUUUGAAAAGGUUUUUGUGAAAAACCCAGCCGCCUAGGAGUCGCCUAGGGACCGCGGCG